AUGCUAGCAGUCUCACUAUACACUGAUCUAAAUCAAGCCGGGAAUGAACUGAACAUCUAUUAUUUAUUGAAUUUAGUAAUACUCAUAACAAAAAGGAUAAUGCAGCUGUUAUUUUCCAUAUUAUCAGCUGUGACAGCUGUAGUUGUUUCUGGCCAGCUGUUUGAUAAGAAUCUCAAUGGACACUGGGGCCAGUUCAAAGAUGUAUUUAGAAAACAGUACAAGACCGAUGAAGAAUUCAAAAGGAGAUUGGUUUGGGAGAGCAAUGUUCGGGAGAUAGAGAGGCACAACCGAGAGUUCGACUUGGGCAUGCAUAGCUAUACACUGGGCCUCAAUGAGUAUGCUGACUGGUCAGGUGAGGAAUUUCAGAGAUAUCUUCUCGGGGCCAAACGAGGCAACGCAAGUGAGAUAACGUACAAGAGAACAUUUGUCCCCAGAGUACGGUCACAAUUACCUAAGGACAUAGACUGGAGGUCAAAGGGGGUAAUAAGCCCAGUGAAAAAUCAGGGCCAAUGUGGCAGUUGUUGGGCAUUCUCAACUACAGGGGCACUAGAGGCCUACCACGCCAUGGCAACAGGAUACAUCACCCCCCUAUCUGAGCAGAACCUCAUAGAUUGUUCCCGUAGUGAAGGAAACAAUGGUUGCCAUGGUGGUUGGCCUGCGAGAGCAAUGAUGUAUGUUGCUAAGAACAAAGGCAUUGAUAAAGAAUCCGCAUACCCUUAUCUCAUGAAGGAUGGCUACAGCUGUAGGUUCAGCAAAUCAGCUGUAUCAGGCAUAGACUUUGGUGCUGUAAGGGUUAAAGCUGAUAGUGAAGAUGACCUUCAGGCAGCUGUAGCAACAGCUGGUCCAGUCACUGUGUGUAUUGACGCAACCCUCAAGUCUUGGCACCUUUACAAGUCAGGUGUUUAUGACAACUCAACAUGCCACAAUACUAUGGCCAAGUUGGACCAUGCAGUGUUGGUUGUGGGAUAUGGGAACGAAAAUGGGAAAGACUACUGGCUUGUUAAAAACAGUUGGGGUGGUAGCUGGGGAGACAAUGGGUACAUCAAGAUGGCGACCAAAAUGAUGAAAUUAGCGAUUGUGCUCGGGCUUGUGGCAUGCGCCUUUGCGGAUCCUAACCUAGAUGCUCAAUGGAAUCUGUUCAAGAAGACCCACAACAAGGUCUACACACAGAUUGAGGAAACCAUGAGGCGUAUCAUCUUCGAGAGGAAUGUCCAGCGUAUUCAAAGUCACAACCUUGAGGCAGACAUGGGACUCCAUACUUACAGACUUGGCAUGAACAAAUAUGGAGAUCUGACUGAUGAAGAAUACCGCACCCUUCUAGGAUACCGAAUGACGAACACAACCCGUAGCUCAUCUGGCACUUUCAUGGCCCCCUCAAACAUGGUCCUCCCCGACAGCGUUGACUGGAGACCUAAGGGCUACGUCACCCCAAUCAAGGAUCAGAAACAGUGUGGAUCUUGCUGGGCCUUCAGCGCAACUGGCUCUUUGGAGGGACAAACCUUUAAGAAGACUGGCAAACUCCCAAGCCUCUCCGAACAAAAUCUGGUUGAUUGCUCCACGAAAGAAGGUAACCAUGGUUGCGGUGGUGGGCUGAUGGACCUCGCCUUCAAAUAUAUCAAGGUCAAUGACGGAAUUGACACCGAGAUGUCAUACCCUUAUGAAGCUAAGAAUGACAAAUGUCGAUACAAGAGUGCAGACAAGGGAGGAGAGGACACAGGGUUCAUGGACAUCAAGAGAGGAAGUGAGAAGGAUCUGCAAUCAGCCGUAGCAACUGUUGGACCAAUCUCUGUAGCUAUUGAUGCAGGCCACUUUAGUUUCCGUAUGUACAAGACAGGAGUGUACUAUGAGCCUAAAUGUAGCUCAGUGAGAUUGGACCAUGGUGUAUUGGCAGUAGGAUACGGGUCAGAGAAUAUGCAGGAUUACUGGAUUGUCAAGAACAGUUGGGGAAAAAGCUGGGGAAGUGAAGGAUACAUCAAGAUGGCCCGUAACCGUGACAACCAGUGUGGCAUAGCAACACAAUCCAGCUACCCUCUCGUCUAAUUCAUUUCAGAGGACAUUAUACUGAAAUCAAAAUGUUUUAUGAAUAAAUCUACCUAAGUAACAAAUCUGACAAUGAAGUAGAAAAAUAAAAAUUUCCAAGACACCUGUAGAAUUGUGUUUGAAUUUUCAAUAAAACAAUAAAACAUCAAUAUUUUAUUUCCAUUUAUUUAAUAUUG